AUGGAUCCUGUCUCACUCCCCCGGUCGUCAUCGCGUCCACGGCCGUCAUCCCGGCCCACGACCCCUCUCAGACCCAGUUCUCGGUCAUCCUUCCGGGAGGCACAUGGGUACGGGGGAAACAUCAGUACUGCCGGUUAUACCCAGCCCGCAAUCAAUGCCCUAGAGCCUCAAUUCGCGGAGCUCGCCGAUUCCAUGGCCGACCUGGAGGCCAAUUUCAUGCACCUGCAGUUGAUGCAUGAGAGUCUGACGCGGUUCAGUGAGAGCUUUGCCAGUUUUCUGUAUGGGUUGAACAUGAAUGCUUUUUGUGUGGAUUUCCCAGAGGUAUUUCAUCUGGCCGUCAUCCCCACCCGACGCGUACUCAUUCCUCGAAUAGGCUCCUAUUCCCGAGUCUUUCCGCAGAGCAAAGCAAGCAGAGGCACAGAAAGGUUAGCAGAAUCUUGGUCGCAUGCACGACAGAUCACUAGUGGGAACGCUAACGUCUCUCCAGAAGCCGAAGCCGAGCAGCUUCAGUCCACGAACAAUGAUGGCGACAUGACUUUCUUAACGACCGAUACCUCGUUCGUUGAGCACCCUCCGAGCACCGUUUCGUCGAAACCCACUCCCAAGCCGUCUGUCUCUUCGCGCGGGGCGAGGACAACCAGCAGCACGCGCGGUACGACCCGUGGACGUUAUACAACAAGAGGAACAAAUCGAGCGCGUCCCAGCGCUCUUCCAAGAGGGAGGGGUUUGCGGUGA